UUUGUACACCACAUGACCUCGUUGUCGUGUCCCGUGACCAGCUCACGUGAAUUUUGAUAAAUUCAAACGUUUUUUGGUGGCAAAAAUGGAUAUUUUGGAGCAACAUCUUGAUCAACAAGACGUCAGUUCUGUCAAUCCAAAAGUUGAAGUUGGUACAGCAUUAGUACUUGAAGAAACUGAUAUGGUUGAAUGUGAAGCAUAUGAUCCACUUGCAGGUGAUAAUCAAGCUGGUGAUGAUGGUAUAAGAUAUCCUGAAACAGUGUCAUAUAGAGUUGUACAAGUUAAUAGUAAUUCAGUUACAAAUGACAUUGAUUUACCAGUAACACAUCAAAGUGGUAAUUCUGUACAAGUAUUAACAGCACCUGGACAAUAUUUUAUUGUUAGUAAUCCAAAUGAAAUAUUUACAACAACACCAUCAUCAAGAUCAUUAGCACCACGUGCAACAACAUUGCAAAUUGAUUCACCAAGAUCAAUGACACCAAGUGUUAAAAAGAGAGAUGAUAGAAGACGAGCAACACAUAAUGAAGUUGAACGUCGUCGACGAGAUAAAAUUAACAACUGGAUUGCUAAAUUGAUAGAAUGUAUAAGAGUAUUUUUUUUACAGAGCAAAGGUGGAAUUUUAGCAAAAGCAUGUGAUUAUAUUAAUGAUUUAAAAGAUACUAAUCAAAAACUAAAUCAGUGUCUUUUAGAAAAUGCAAAACUACAAGAUGAAGUAUCAUCAUUAAAAGAAAUUGUUGCUAAAUUAACACAAGAAAAUAAUAAUCUUAAAUUAACAAGUGCAAAUAUUAUAAUUGAUUCUUAAUAAAUAUAUAUUUAUUAUUUUUUAUUUCACAAAAUUAUUAUGAAAUAGUUGUAAAUAAAAUUCAUAUGAUUCUCAAAAAGCCAAGGCUUAUUAGAAUAUUUAAAAAAAAAAAAAAAAAGAAAAAACAUUUCGAAAUAUUUCUUCUUAUAUUAUUUAAUUUGUUUUUUUUGUUUUUAAAUUAUGAAAAAAAUAUUCGAGGCAAAGGCUGUAAAUAAUAAGCGCCAAUUAAAAAAAAAUAUAAAUAAUUUACAAAAUGUUUUUGCCUAAAAUUCGAAGCAAUAAUGUUUUUUUCUUUUUUUUUUUUUUUUUUAUUUUAAUUAAUUUCCGUAUAAAUGUAAAAUUAAAUAUAUAGAAUUGUAAUAU